GGGAUUGAUCGUUCGGUCGCGCGUCUCCGCGUAAACACGCUCGCGGUACAUUGUUCGGUGAGCAUCGCUCUUCUCUCGCUCCGCGGAUCGCCGGAAUACUCUCGUAAUAAUAUCGGAGUUUAGCGCGCUCGUUUUGGAGCGCCUCCAAGGAGCUCAGGUCGGGCAUGGUUUUUGGCGCCGGGGAGCCACCGAUGUAAAAUGUCGUUACACCCCGCGGCCUUCCACUCGCCUAGGAGGAGUUCGCCGACAAACAGGUGAAGAUGGAAGAUGAGGCGGAUAUCAGGGAACAGUUAUUUCACAACACCGUCCGGGAGAACAUCAUAUUUCUCCUGCUGUUCCUCCUGCUCUACAUCUCGAGCUACGGCCUUAUCGCUAGGUUUCGUCGAAGGGACCGCGAGGACUAUUUCUCCGUGGACGAGGACGAGGCGACGGUAUACAGGAUCAGCCUAUGGCUCUGUACGGUCGCCCUGGCCGUGUCCGUGGGGGCCACCCUCCUCUUGCCGGUCUCCAUCGCCAGCAACGAGGUGCUCAUCCUCUACCCCAACAGCUAUUACGUCAAAUGGCUCAACAGCUCCUUGAUACAAGGUCUCUGGAACCACGUGUUCCUCUUCUCGAACCUGUCGCUGUUCGUGUUCCUACCGUUCGCCUAUCUCUUCACGGAAUCCGAGGGAUUCGUCGGCUACAGGAAGGGUGUCAUGGCCAGGGUUUACGAGACAGUGACGGUCUUGUGCUUGCUGGGAGCUCUGGUUUUGGGCAUAACUUACGUGCUCUCCGCACUGAUAGACUAUCACAAGUCGAGCCUACACACGUUGCUCAAUCUAUGGAGUUAUUACCUACCCUUUUUGUACUCUUGCGUCUCCUUCGUGGGAGUCGUCAUGCUGUUGUUGUGCACUCCAGUGGGGUUCGUCCGACUUUUCGGCGUGGUCGGGUCGUUCCUCGUGAAGCCUCAGUUCCUAAAAAAUUUGGACGAAGAGUUCUUUGCCUAUAGACUAGAAGAAGAUUGCAUUAGAAGAAGGCUGCAACACGCGAAGACAACCGGUAAAUCUUACGUGUCUCCGGCGCCCAUGUCUCUCCCAUCCUGUGGGACGGUUCUCGACGACGAGGACGAGUUGCCGAAUUCCAGCCCGGGAUUGAUGUGUCUUAAAAAUGGAGCCCUGCAGCGCGGCCUGGCGCAGAGGUUGGAAGAUGUCCAGCAGAGGAGGAAACUUUUGGACGAGCAGAGGAGGACGUGGUGGGUACGCAGGACCCUGCUGUAUCCCCUGGCGAUGUUGGCGCUGCUGGUCCUCUCCGCGGCUACGGCUCUGCUCGCGGUGCAGAAUACUUUGGAGCUCUUGAUAGGGAUUAAAGCGUUGCCACUGAGUACAAGGCAAUUCACGCUGGGGAUCAGCUCACUCUCCAAGCUGGGGCCUAUCGGAGCCACCGUGGAGGUCGCGGUCAUUCUGUACCUGGCGGCCACCAGUGCGAUCGGACUUUACACGCUUCCUGGUGUCAGGAGGGUCCGACCAAGACGUCAUUCGACUCCUUUGACCCAUUUAAUCGCCAACUGCGCUCUGCUUCUGGUACUGAGCUCCGCGCUGCCGUUGCUGUCGCGCAUCCUAGGUAUGACAAAUUUCGACCUGCUGGGAGACUUUGGACGCAUCGAGUGGCUCGGUAAUUUUAAACUGGUCUUAUUCUAUAAUCUAACAUUCGCCACUGCGGCGAUCGCGUGUUUGGCCACCAAGUUCACGGCGACCGUCCGCAAGGAGAUCUUCGCCAGGUUACGUAGCAGUCUAAUAGGGAUAUUCAAACGCGAGGAGAAAAAAGGUACGUCGGGCAUGUUCCCGGCGAAAGAAGAAUAGACUGAUUUAGCGUAUAAGUCAUUAACGUCUACCGAGGGAGAAGACGCGAAAACGGGGCGCGGUCUCGUCGCUUCAACGAGAGCUUAUGUAUAUCCGGUCUUGCAACAAGUUGCACAGACACGUUGCGGAAAUGUCACCUCUUCGGAAUCGGAAGGGGCUACAUUUCUCGUGAAACCGUGAUAUAGUGAUAAACUCGAUACUUUGCAUCCUUUUCGAUUAGAUGAGAAGCCUAACGGGAAUUUCAAUUAAGACAGAAAUUUACGGAGGAUGUAAAGGAGGAACACCGUCGGUUGUCGAGUCGGAACAACGACCCUUGUCGUCGACUAGUAAUGCUUAUUAGAUAAUAGAUAUUUUAAUAAUUAUUUAUACGAUUUAACUGUUACGAAGGCAACGCAGUAUUGUGAUAAGGAUGCCACUGUCGGCUCGUUGCAAGCGUGAAUUGCUUCACUUUGGUACGUUCUGUGCUCAUGUGCUUUGCGACAGUAGUCUUGAACAUUACGGAUCCAGACUUUGUAUUAUCGAGCACCUUGUUGUGCUUUCUUUUACACGCAUACCGAGAUAUUCAUCGCAAAAUUGUAGCAUUUUUUCUAGUAUUGCCACGAGUGACGUCAGUACGCCCAUUGGGCUGAGUAAUUGCAGCCAAGGAAAACGCAUUCGUUUCGUUGCGGUUUUGCUGUAUCUUGGACAUUUGUAUGACGUAGAAAGGAAGGUGACGGUUGUUAUGCUUUCUUCGAGGUACUUUUACCAGGAGAUGGCAACUGUUUCGGCGACUAAAUUGUUUUAACGUAGACAUCUUGGUAGGCACUGCAAGUUCCGUUUGGCCAAGCUCUUUUAACAGAUAACUGGAUGAAUCGACAUAACGAAAGGUUUUUGCAGAAAUUCUUGUUACACUACUUUAACUAAACGAAACACGGUGCAUUUUCAAUGCAGAAUCGACUGUAUAUUGUACAUAUUUUAUUAAGAGAUCAGAAGUCAGACGACUGCCAAAAGUAAUAAGCGAAUGUAAACGAAAAGUCGUAAUUUCGAUAUUAGUAUUCGAUCGUUCGGUCUUCUGACUUCUGGAUGCUUUAAUUAUCAAUUUAAGCAUUACACGAAUAAGAUUUUGUAGGUAUUUUGCAACAAUGUUAUGUGAUACGCAUCUCGUCAGAAAGACAAUACUAGCGUGUGCACUGGCACGAAUAUACUCAUUGAUAUACAUAUUAUUAAAUAUUAAAUAUCCAAUGGUGUCGAGACAGGACGCCAUUAUAGUACUUUAUUGUUAUGAAUUACAAUCUUCUAUCGCGAAUGUAUUAUCGUUUAGUGAGGUUCUUGUAAUCGUCGCAACGUCUAAUUCGUUUAUCGUGAUGUCAGAAUUCAGUGUUCUCAUUUAUAGUGGCGACACAAAAUAUAACAUUUAUAAGUACAAUCGGUGCGACGAGUAAGUCAAAUAUUACAAUUGAUUUCCACGGAAUUUACAUGUUUGAAUUUGAAUCAAGUACGAAAUAUAUUGUGGCUAUGUAACUGGUACCACGGGAUUCUUUAUUUCGCAGUAUAUGCACGAAAAUGAUUAUAUUCAUAUUCACUUCCCGUCUAUGGACAGUUCAUACAUACAUAUAAUGUAUACACAUGUUAUAUAUAUUAUAUAUGUAUAUAUGUACCCAAUUGUGCUCCACCUGUAAUAAAUCGCCAAUCAUACGA